AUGGCCUCGGAGUCGGUGAAGGUGGUGGUUCGCUGCCGCCCCAUGAACCAGCGCGAGCGGGAGCUGAACUGUCAGCCCGUGGUGACCGUGGACUGCGCGCGCGGCCAGUGCUUCAUCCAGAACCCAGGCGCCUGCGACGAGCCCCCCAAGCAGUUCACCUUCGACGGUGCCUACUACAUGGACCACUUCACCGAGCAGAUCUACAACGAGAUCGCCUACCCGCUGGUGGAGGGCGUCACUGAGGGCUACAAUGGCACCAUCUUUGCAUACGGCCAGACAGGCAGCGGGAAGUCCUUCACCAUGCAGGGCCUGCCGGACCCUCCAUGCCAGAGAGGCAUCAUCCCCAGGGCUUUUGAGCAUGUGUUUGAGAGCGUCCAGUGUGCAGAGAACACCAAGUUCCUGGUCCGGGCCUCCUACCUGGAGAUCUACAAUGAGGACGUCCGUGACCUGCUGGGGGCUGACACCAAACAGAAGCUGGAGCUGAAGGAGCACCCGGAGAAGGGCGUGUACGUGAGGGGGCUGUCCAUGCACACCGUGCACAGUGUGGCCCAGUGCGAGCGCAUCAUGGACACCGGCUGGAAGAACCGCUCGGUCGGCUACACCUUGAUGAACAAGGACUCCUCGCGCUCUCACUCCAUCUUCACCAUCAGCAUUGAGAUCUAUGCUGUGGAUGAGCGGGGCAAAGACCACCUCCGCGCAGGCAAGCUGAACCUGGUGGACCUGGCGGGCAGCGAGCGGCAGUCCAAGACAGGGGCCACGGGGGAACGGCUCAAGGAGGCCACCAAGAUCAACUUGUCACUGUCAGCGCUAGGCAAUGUCAUCUCAGCCCUGGUGGACGGACGCAGCAAGCACAUUCCCUACCGGGACUCCAAGCUGACCCGUCUGCUGCAGGACUCGCUGGGUGGCAACACCAAGACACUGAUGGUGGCCUGCCUGUCCCCUGCCGACAACAAUUACGACGAGACCCUCAGCACACUGCGCUACGCUAACCGAGCUAAGAACAUCAAGAACAAGCCGCGUAUCAACGAGGACCCCAAGGACGCGCUGCUGCGCGAGUACCAGGAGGAGAUCAAGAGGCUCAAAGCCAUCCUGGCACAGCAGAUGAGCCCUUUUUCCCCUGCAGCCCUCCCACCCAGUCAGGCACCCCUGGACCCUGUCCAGGUUGAAGAGAAGCCUUUGCCGCCCCCUGUGGUCCAGCAUGACACAGAGGCCGAGAAGCAGCUCAUCCGAGAGGAAUAUGAGGAGCGCCUGGCCCGGCUGAAGGCAGACUAUGAGGCAGAACAAGAGUCUCGGGCCAGGCUGGAGGAAGACAUCACUGCCAUGCGUAACUUGUAUGACGUGAAGCUAUCCACUCUGGAGGAGAGCCUGCGGAAGGAGACAGAGGCUGUCCUGAAGGCAGAAAUCCUCUACAAGGCUGAGGUCUUGUCGAAGGCUGAGUUUGCCAGCAGGUCCGAGUGCUCACCAGCUGCCCAGUACAAGAUGGCUGAGAAGCCUGAGGCCCUCUGCAUGCCCGACGCCCUGCCCAGUGAUAAGGUCUCUAUGGCCCAGGUUUCUCCCAGCUUUGAGGAUCUGCUCCAGGUGGAGCCUUCCAAGUCUGAGGUUUCUUCUGGGUCCAAUGAGUCGUCCACACUCGAAGACUCCUCUAUGUCAGAGGCCUUCCCUGGGCCUGAGGAGCUUCCCAACGUGGAGUUCUCAGUGCCUGGGGUGGAAUCCAGGAACAGGUAUUUCUCGGAGGAGUAUCUCAGCCAGGAGAUGGCUGGGCCCCAGCUGGAGGGUGAGAACUACAGCUAUGUCCACGAUGAGGAACCACCCAUGGCGCCCCUCCAGAUAUUAUCAGGCCUGCAGGACCCAUUUGCUGAGCUAGAAGCCAAGCUGGCCAGGCUGUCCUCCACCGUGACCAGGGUGGACUCGCCCCAGACAGACAUCGCCCAGGUCCCUGAGCAGGUAGCCAAUCACCCACCCGUGCUGGAACCCAGUGACAUUGGUUCAGAGGCAGAGGUGGCUGAUGAUCUCCCACUCAGGCCUGAAGCUGACCUAGCCCCAGAAGUGGCUGAGGAGGUGGUGUCCACAGCAGAGCCCGACGUGUGGAUGGAGUCCGAGGCCCAGGAAACCCUAGUUUCUCAGCCUCAGCCCCUGCAGGCCACAACAACCAUGAGAAGGGAGAGUGUGGGCGUGGAAGUGGCUGUACUGACCGACGAGGUGCUGCCCAUAGUGGAUCAGCAGCAGGUGCUGGCCCGCUUGCAGCUGUUGGAGCAGCAGGUGGUGGGUGGGGAGCAGUCCAAGAACAAGGACUUGAAGGAGAAGCAUAAGCGGCGCAAGCGGUAUGCUGACGAGCGCAAGAAGCAACUGGUGGCAGCGCUGCAGAACUCGGACGAGGACAGUGGGGACUGGGUGCUGCUUAACGUCUAUGACUCCAUCCAGGAGGAAGUGAGGGCCAAGAGCAAGCUGCUGGAGAAGAUGCAGAGGAAGCUUCGGGCAGCAGAGGUGGAGAUCAAAGACCUGCAGUCGGAGUUUGAGCUGGAGAAAAUCGAUUACUUGGCUACCAUCCGCCGGCAGGAGCGAGACUCCAUGCUGCUCCAGCAGCUCCUGGAGCAGGUGCAGCCCCUCAUCCGCCGGGACUGUAACUACAGCAGCCUGGAGAAGAUAAGGCGUGAAUCGAGCUGGGAUGAGGAUAAUGGCUUCUGGAAGAUCCCAGAGCCCAUCAUCAUAAAAACCAGCCUCCCAGUAGCAGUUUCAACUGGGCCACAGAACAAGCGGAUCCGCAAAACCUCUGCAGCAGACAAUGGAGAGUCCAACAUGGAGGAAGACCGCUACAAGCUGAUGCUCAGUCGGAGUGACAGUGAGAAUACUGCCAGUAACUACUUCCGGUCCAAGCGGGCCAGCCAGAUCCUCAGCACAGACCCCAUGAAGAGCCUCACGCAUCACAACUCGCCACCAGGCCUCACCUCCCCGCUCAGCACCAGCUCUGCCAUGUCCCCCAGCCAGGUCCCUGAAAUGCCUCACCCCCGGCCUUUCCGCCUUGAGUCCCUCGACAUUCCUUUCACCAAGGCCAAGCGUAAGAAAAGCAAAAGUAGCUUUGGCAGUGAGCCUCUGUGA